AUGCAGCAGGCCCCAAGGAAAAGAGGCCCUCGAAAAUUGGGGCUGUACGUGUGCGAGUUCCCCGGGUGUGGCAAGCAGUUUUCGCGGUCUGACCACGUGAAACGGCACGCGCGAAAUCACACUUCCGAAGGCCGCUUCCGUUGCGAGGUCCCAGGAUGCACCGCACAGUUUACACGGCUGGACAUCAAGACUAAGCACCAGAACCGGCACUUUCGUCGGCUCGAUCGGGGGAGCCAGCUGCCAGAGAGCGCCUCCGGUGAGGCUGACGGCGCGCGGCAGGAAGGCUCUCCACCCGCUGGGCAGACGGUGUCAACAGAGAGCUCAGACUCCGCUGGUAAGGAGGUGAUUUCGCAGCCCACAUCGCAGAUCGGGCCUUUUGCCACCAACGUGGGGGACCCUGCGCUUGUUUCACCGACAUUCUCGCCGUCCCGCCUGAUACGCUGGAUCAUGCACGAUCUGACAGAGGUCUCGCCCACCCACGCCGACCACCAAACCUCUCAGGGCCCGUUGUUCGCCGAUUACCACCAGCUCGGUGCGGACACCGCCACAAUGCUCAACGAGGUGCUGGCCAUCACCCCCGAGUUCCCCAACGCCAACUACCAGACCGACGUAGACGAGAACAUCCUGCUGCACAUGUCGCAGCGGCUGCCGAUGCUCGAAGGACAUCCAGACUUUGAGGUUUCCAAGGUGCACUUCUAUCUAAAACUGUACUGGCAAAUGUACCAUCCGCAGUACCCCAUUCUCCACAGACCGUCUUUCUCCACGUUCCAGGUCCACCCGCUGCUUCUGCUGGCCAUGGUGAUGAUCGGGGCUUCCUUUGCCAAGAAGUGCCCUAUCCCGGAGGACGUGGAGCUCGGCGAUCCCGACGGCCUUGCGGACUUGAUCGCGUACCCGCUACGGUGGUUGAUUUUCUCGUGCGACGAGGCCAAGCCCGGCUGCAGCUCGUGGGUGAUCCAGAGCCUGCUCAUGCUGGAGACGUACGAGAUCACAAAGACGUCGCGCCGGCUGCACGAGCGAGCAUGUAUAUACAACGGCACCAAGAUCCAGCUUCUGCGCAGAAGCCCGAUUUUGGGGGGCGACCCACUCAAGGGACGCAGCGCCGACCCGAGCCACUCGAACAGCUUGUGGACGACAUGGAUCGAGAGCGAGUCUAUGAAACGCGCUGCGUGGAUGUCUUUUUACAUCGACACCAUCCACGCAGUCGUCUACGGCCACCCAGUCAGCAUUUACGACAGCCAGAUAAAGCUCUCGCUGCCGUGUCCGGACGAUUUGUGGGAGUACGACAACUUCGACCGGAAUAACGCUCCGGCGUCUGUGAUGCAGAUGCCAAUUUUCACCGACGCUCUUACUCGGCUGCUCCGCAACGAGCCGGUCCAAACAGGUCCUUUUGGCCGCAAAAUCCUGCUUGCGGGCCUGCUCAAUCUCAACAUCCAGAUGAGCCAGAAAGAGUCGCAGCUGACGCUGCUGGGCUGGGACUCAAAGCGCGAAAACUGGAAGGCCAGCAUUGCAUCAGCUUUGGACCAUUGGAGAGUGCAGUUACCGCAGCGAAGCUGCUGCCAUGCAGGUUCCUGUCUCUACCACGCGGACAGCGGACCGGCGCUAUUGCCGCCCUCAUUCCACGCCCAGGAUACCAGGUGCAAAUUUCCCGAAUACCAUUCCGCACAGAUCCAUCUCUGGAUCACCCACUACGACUACAUAGUUUACGCGGGGGCACCGAAACGGAUGAACGUGCCGGUCCUGACGGAGGACUACGAUGUGGUGGUGCGUCGGAUCGCCAAGUGGGCGCAGUCAGCCGCGGGCGCAAUCUGCGCAGUCAACUCGUACAUCCUGCUCUUCGAGAUGAUGCUCUCGCCGGAAAACAGCACUGACCAGGUGAAUUACGUCUACGAGCCGGACAAAGACCCGUUUAUUUACCGGCCGAACGUGAUUGUGUCGGCGACAUUGUCGCUGUGGGCAUAUACGUUUUACAACUACGGUCCAGAGUCGCGGUUUAUGUCGCCAGAAUCCAAGAUCGAGCUAGACGGUGACUAUGCCCCCGCGAUGGAGGACGCGUACGCGUACUUGCGGCGAAUCCGGACAGCACUUGUCAAGGAGACCGGGAUUCCGUUUCGGAAGCUUAACCAGAUGGACCCAGACGAGUACAAAAAGGCCGUGGCCGAGUACGCAGCCACUCUGCCCCGAAUUUCGCACAUAAAUUACAUGGUGGGGUUGCUGCUCGCCCUUGCCGCUGGCUACAAGAAUGGCAAGUGGGAAAUUGGUCGUGAGUACGCGAAACUUCUCCGCAACUGCGCCCAAAGAAGCAUGGGCAGCCCCGUGGUUUUCUGCAUGAAUAUGUACGAAGAUAAUUAA